GGGGCGCCCCGCGCGCCAGUCCGCUCGCAGCCUUCGCGCAGUCAACACGUGCGCCGCCUGACGCUGUGACGGAGACCCGCGUGCGACCGACCGCGUGGAGUGUUGUUCUGUGGAUCUUGUGCAGUGUGUGCUGUGCCCUAUAUUCGUUCAGUGUAGACCAUGACCGUUAGUGUUUGACGCUGGGAUGUAUCCGAGUGCGGGCGCUAUGAACGCCGCCGCCGCCGCCGCAGCCGUGGCGGCCGCCAGGCAUCCGGGUCCACCACAACCCGGGCAACCGAUCAAAUUCACAGUGGGUGAAUCGUGCGAUAGGAUUAAAGAGGAAUUCAAUUUUCUACAAGCUCAAUAUCAUAAUUUAAAAUUAGAAUGCGAGAAACUGGCUAGUGAAAAAAUAGAAAUACAAAGGCAUUAUGUAAUGUACUAUGAAAUGUCGUAUGGACUCAACGUGGAAAUGCACAAACAGACAGAGAUAGCGAAAAGGUUAAAUGCGAUAAUAGCACAAAUAUUACCCUUCCUGUCGCAAGAGCAUCAGCAGCAAGUGGCCUCUGCAGUCGAGAGGGCGAAACAGGUCACCAUGACUGAACUCAAUGCUAUUAUUGGCCAACAAAGGCCAGACUUGCCGCGGCUACUGCAACAGAUGCACGCGGCGCAUCUUCCUACACACGGCGCGCCUCCUCUACCUCUUCUGGGGCAAGGCGCUCUACCUCCAGCGGGUCUACUCGGCCUCGGAGUACCGCAUCAUCCACUCUCCGUACUCGCGAAACCACCUGAACUACAUCGAUCGGACGAUAAGGGAAACGGUAUCAGUUCGGCGGAGGAGCGACAUAGAAAUUCCAUAUCGCCCGGCGAAAGGGAAAAAUAUAGGACGCGGAGUCCUGCCGAACCUGAUCACAAGAAAUUAAAAAAAGAAGAGAAAGACAUGGGCCACGAACUAGUUGUGGAUGACGCGAGCGAAGAACCCACUUCACCACACAAUGGCGCUCCGUCACCACGAGAAAACGGACUCGAUAAACUCCAACCAAAAAAAGAGCAUCCUCCUCACAGCCCUAGGUCAGGGACGUCUAGCAACGCGUCAACACCAUCAGCAAAGAAAUUAGACGAGAAACCGAGCACGCCUAUAUCGAAGCCCGUGACGCCGACUUCGGGCGCAAGCGGCGCGGGCUCAGCAGGGGCUCCACUCAAGGCCGCAGUCAAACCUCCAGCAUUACAGUACCCAUACCUCGGCAACGGGGCCCACGACGCGUACGUCCUGGCGGGGUACUCGGCCAGAGGGGCGCUGCCUUACGAGCCGCUGCGUCCCCCUAUUGGCCCUGCUGGUCUCGCGCCGAUACCUGGCGGUAAACCUGUUAACACUUCCAGAGCAUAUUCAUUCCACGUAUCAGCCGAGGGACAGAUGCAGCCUGUCCCUUUUCCCCCAGACGCCUUGAUGGGUCCUGGUAUACCGAGGCAUGCGAGACAAGUCUCCGCGCUAGCUCAUGGUGAGGUGGUCUGCGCGGUCACUGUUUCAUCGCCCACGAAGUACGUCUACACGGGAGGGAAAGGCUGCGUUAAGGUGUGGGACAUCAGCCAACCUAGCAAGGCCCCAGUCAGUCAACUGGAUUGUUUGCAAAGGGACAACUACAUACGAUCAGUCAAACUGCUGCCCGACGGGCGGACACUGAUCGUGGGCGGGGAGGCGUCCAACUUGUCUAUAUGGGACCUCGCCUCGCCGACUCCCAGAAUCAAAGCUGAGCUCACGUCCUCGGCGCCCGCUUGCUACGCGCUUGCUAUCAGCCCCGACUCUAAGGUUUGCUUUAGUUGUUGUUCUGACGGCAACAUAGCAGUGUGGGAUCUCCACAAUCAGACUUUAGUACGACAGUUCCAAGGACACACGGACGGCGCAUCCUGUAUAGAUAUUUCAGCCGACGGCACGAAGCUAUGGACCGGCGGCCUUGAUAACACAGUCAGAUCAUGGGAUUUGAGAGAAGGAAGACAGUUGCAACAGCACGAUUUCAGCUCUCAAAUUUUCUCAUUAGGAUAUUGCCCUACAGGCGAAUGGUUAGCGGUCGGCAUGGAGAACAGCAACGUGGAGGUUCUGCACGCGGUGAAGCCGGACAAGUACCAGUUGCACUUGCACGAGUCGUGCGUCCUGUCGCUCAGGUUCGCGUCCUGCGGGAAGUGGUUCGUCUCCACCGGGAAGGAUAACCUACUUAACGCAUGGCGCACUCCGUAUGGCGCAAGCAUAUUCCAGUCAAAAGAAUCAUCGUCGGUACUGAGCUGUGACAUUUCAUCGGACGACAAAUACAUUGUGACGGGUUCGGGCGAUAAGAAGGCCACAGUUUACGAAGUGAUCUACUAGUGAAACGGACAAACAGACGAACAAUGUGACUGUGCUAGUGAAGGAGAGAACGUUCCGCGAACGUUGAGUAAAGUGAUACAUAGUUAUAGUGUAUGUAUAGAUUAAAUCGGGAAGCCUGUAUGUACUUAUGCGACAUGUUUAUAUAGAUUAGUGUGCGCGAUUUAUGUUUAUUUGUUGAGCGCCCGUAGUGUAUGUUGGCAGCAGAUCUCAAAAUGAUUUCGUUUCAAUAUUGUUGUAAAAUGCUCGUAUUAAAAAAAAAAUAUGCGCAAAACA